AUGGCCAAUUUUGCAGGUGAGGAUUUCACCGAUGAAGAUGAUGACGAAUCAUCCUUUGAUGAAGGUUACGAGGAGGUUUUUGAUGAGGAAUCGCUGCUACUUCACGAGAGAAGAGGCCCCCAGAAGCGGAAAAAGCCUAAAAAGCAUGAGCAAAAGGGUACUGCCAGUCAGUUGAAAGUUUUCUUUUUGCUCUUUAAGGCAUUGGUAGGGUCAGGUAUUUUGUUCCUACCCGGUGCUUUUAUGCAUGGUGGAUUACUUUUUUCAACAGUUACUAUGGUUUUGUUUGGUGUAUUGACAUACGCCUGUUAUGUGGUGUUGAUUAAAAGCAAAAGUGUAUUGGGAAAAUCCUCUUUCGGAGAAUUGGGUUACUUGACUUACGGCAACCCAUUGAAGUAUUGCAUCAUGGUGUCCAUCAUCUUAUCUCAGAUUGGGUUCGUCGCCACUUAUAUUUUGUUCACCGCCGAAAACAUGAAAUCAUUCAUUCACAAUUCCUUGCAUAUUUCCAUUGAAAAGUCUACUUUAGUCAUUAUUCAAUGCAUUUUGCUUAUUCCUUUGGUAUUGAUUAGGGACUUAACCAAGCUUUCGUUCACGUCCCUUCUUUCAUCUACCUUCAUCGUCAUCGGAUUACUCAUCAUUUUUUUCUUUUGUGGUGAACAACUUGCACAUGAAGGAUUGGGGCCCAAUAUCGUCCAAUUCAAUGGCAGAACGUGGUCCAUGCUUAUUGGUGUUGCGGUAACAGCGUUUGAAGGUAUUGGUUUAAUUCUCCCCAUUCAAGCCUCUAUGGCACAGCCAGAGAAGUUUCCAUUUGUGUUGAGUAUGAGCAUGUUUGUAAUUACCCUCUUAUUUGUCUCAAUUGGUGUAAUUGGCUACACCAGCUUUGGAGAGAAUGUUCAGUCUAUCAUCAUUUUGAAUCUACCCCUGGGAAAUGCAGCAGUGCAACUGAUUAUGCUUCUUUACUCGGUCGCCGUGUUCUUAACGGGACCAUUGCAGCUCUUCCCAGCUAUUAGAAUCGGUGAACUGGCACUCUUCAACUCUCGUUUGUUCUUGACCAAAGAGCAACAGUCUGAAAAUAACGGUAAGUUGAUGCAAAACUCAGGGAAACAUAACCCACACAUCAAGUGGAUGAAAAACGUUUUGAGGUCGUUGUCUGUGGUACUUAUAUCCACAGUAGCUUACUUAAAUGCGGACAAUAUCGACAAGUUUGUCAGCUUCAACGGAUGUUUUGCUUGUAUCCCUCUUGUGUACAUUUACCCACCUAUGAUUCAUUUGAAGACCUACAACGCAGAACCUCAGCAAUCGAAAAUAAUUAAGGUGUUUGAUGUCCUUUUGAUUAUUGUUGGUACCCUUGCAAUGGUUUAUACCACGUACCAGAUCCUUUUUUCCAUUUGA